AUGGCCAACCCCAUUGCAAGAACAGCUUCUCCCAUUCCAAGAACAGCUUCUCCCUAUCCAGACAAAUCCGUCACCGGUCCUCGUGGUCAGCAAUUGAAGUCCGCAAUCACCCAUUCUCUUCUCCAGGAUCGCAAGAUGAUUUCCAACAACAAAGUCAAUAAGACAGCCCUCCACCCUGGUGGCAUUGAGCCCCAGCAGGAGGUGGAACAUACAGAACUUGAAAUCGAACUUCACGACAAGGCACACAUUGACUACGACCGAGUCGCCAUUAUUCACAACCCAUCAGUCGCCGCGUUGUACGAAGAUGCUCUUGUAUACGAAGUCGGUUCAGCCAUCGCUUCCAGCGGUGCCCUCACAGCAUACUCCGGUGCGAAGACCGGUCGAUCACCCUCAGACAAGCGAAUUGUUAAGGAGCCAUCGUCAGAAAACGAUAUCUGGUGGGGGCCCGUAAACAAGCCUAUGGCACCUGAGGUGUGGAAGAUCAACCGCGAACGUGCUGUUGACUACCUGAACACCAGGACAAGAAUUUACGUCGUUGAUGGUUACGCUGGAUGGGACGAGAAGUACAGAAUCCGUGUCAGAGUUGUCUGCGCGCGUGCCUACCAUGCCCUGUUUAUGCGCAACAUGCUUAUCCGCCCUCCUCGUGAGGAGCUGGAGCACUUCCACCCCGACUACACAAUCUACAAUGCCGGUACUUUCCCUGCCAACAGAUACACUGAGGGUAUGACCUCGGGCACUUCAGUGGCCAUCAACUUUGCCGAGAAGGAGAUGGUUAUCCUCGGUACUGAGUACGCUGGUGAGAUGAAGAAGGGUGUUUUCACUGUUCUGUUCUACGAGAUGCCUAUCAAGCACCACGUUUUGACUCUUCACUCAUCCGCCAACGAGGGCAAGGAUGGCGACGUUACCCUUUUCUUCGGUCUGUCCGGAACUGGCAAGACUACCCUGUCUGCCGAUCCCAACCGUGCCCUGAUCGGUGACGAUGAGCACUGCUGGAGUGAUCGUGGUGUCUUCAACAUUGAGGGUGGUUGCUACGCCAAGUGCAUUGGUCUUUCUGCUGAGAAGGAGCCCGAUAUCCACGGUGCCAUCCGCUACGGCUCUGUCCUGGAGAACGUCGUCUUCGACCAGGACACCCGAGAAGUUGACUACGAUGAUGCAACUUUGACCGAGAACACUCGAUGCGCAUACCCUAUUGAGUACAUCUCUAACGCCAAGAUCCCUUGCUUGUCUGAAAACCACCCCAAGAACAUCAUCCUGUUGACUUGUGACGCUCGUGGUGUAUUGCCGCCCAUCUCCAAGCUCAGCAGUGCUCAGACCAUGUUCCAUUUCAUCUCUGGUUACACCUCGAAGAUGGCCGGUACUGAGGAUGGUGUCACUGAACCGCAAGCCACAUUCUCCUCAUGCUUUGCACAGCCUUUCUUGGCUCUUCACCCCAUGAAGUACGCUAAGAUGUUGGCCGAGAAGAUUGAGAAACACGAGGCCAACGCAUGGCUCCUCAACACUGGCUGGGUCGGUGCUGGCUACACCCACGGUGGAAAGCGCUGCCCACUCAAGUACACUCGUGCUAUCCUUGACGCCAUCCACUCUGGUGAGCUCGCCAAGGUUGAGUACGAGACUUAUGAGGUCUUCAACCUGCCUGUCCCCAAGACCUGCCCUGGCGUUCCUGAUGAGUUGCUGAACCCAGCCAAGGCCUGGACUGCGGGCGAAGAGAGCUUCCAACAAGAAGUCAAGAAGCUUGGUGGUCUCUUCAUUGAAAACUUCCAAAAGUACGAGUCGGAGGCUACUGACGACGUCAAAGCCGCCGGUCCCGUUGUUUAG